AAAAUUGACAACAUACACUGGCGAUGAUGGCGCACGUAGUAUAAUGGACGACCUUGGCCUGGGAUUUAGCUACGUGCAGAAAUGAGCGUCGAUUUGUUUAUGACCACUGCUUUUCUGCCAAAUUGUUUCUACUUUAUAACUAUAAGAACCAUUCGAAAAAUUGAGCAUUUAUAGGCCACACAUGGUGUACUUGGCAUGUGAUUGUUGAAUGUGAAAAAGAUCUACAGCCUAAUUACCGGUCGUGCCUUUGACAGAAUCUUGGAUCUUGAUAAAUUUUCAUGAUUUGGUUAUCACAAAAAUAUCAGCAGCGCAGACGACGAGCCCUGCCGCAAGACAGAUUUACUCGAGGCCAAGCAACGCCAAAACUAAGUCAAUUUUUUUUAUUCCUUUAGGCCUACGUCAAGACUCAAGGACGGUUUCCCUACUCUCCCAGCAAUAUUGAUGACGCUUGCUUUGGCUGUCACUCAGUCACUUCAAACUUUUUCUAAUAAAAGAGGAAGAGGAUCUAGUAGAAACUAGAAAAAGUCACAAAAUUGAAAAACAGUUCACUGCAGUGCAGUGCACACUGCUGUUUUUACUUAGUAUUUUGAGGACUAACGAGUAACGUUAGAUUUGGCAAUUUUUUGCCUUGAUUGUCAUCAAUCUUAUGAUUCAGUGAAGCAGUUAAGCCGAAGUGAAGCAACAACGAAAAUGCAAGUUUGUCAUAUAGAUAUACGAAGAAGCAGCAGAGCUGUGAUGACACUGUUUCAACGAGGGAUCAACAUGUCGUCCAACCAACUCCAAGUAUCGAGUAACCAAAGAUUGAGAAAACUGGCAUUGUUGCCCAUGUCUAAGAAUAGCCUCGGUCUCACUGCCACUGGCAGUAAGCAGAUGGCAACUGGCAGACAGCUCGGCAGUGACCUUUCUUCUCGCCAAACUAGCAAAAGAUGGUUUUGUGAUAAAACCAAGAGAGAUAUUGAAGUUGACGGAAAAACUAGCAGAACCCCAGAGAAAGUACAGCAAGUUGCAAGCAAUCAACAGCAUGAACACUUUAAUGCUAGAGCUGCAUCUGGUUUUGAUAAGCGUCUCCUGGUUUACUUUGGAAAGUAUAAGAAUGUAGGAGAAGUGCCAGAACUUGUCUCUGUUCACCUGUUGAAUUCCACAAGGAACAAGUUCCGUGUGUAUAUCAACAUCUUCAUCGGAUUCCUGACCAUGUUUAGCUGCGGGCUCAUGAUCUAUCGAGGCCAUCAAAGAGCAGGCAAGGGCGAAACCUUAGCAGACCACAACAUGCGCCGACACCCGCAACACUACAAUUUACAGGAGACCAAAGACUGAGUAGGUGGAUUUCUGUUUAAAACUGCCCAAAAGGUUUGAGAGCUCUUAGUCUUAACCAGUUUUAGGCAAAAGAUGAAGUGCUUUUACCUAUGUAAGAAGUGGUGUAACAAGGGGGUUCUUUCCAGAACACUGCACAAAUGGCUUAAGUUCCACUUCAUAAAAGAAUAAAAAGAAAGAAAACUCAAAGUUUGAUCUGAUUAACAACAGGUGGCACAAAAGGCCAUCAAUUGGCAUCAGAUUUUAGAAGGUCAAGGAGGUGCAGUCUUACCCCCAUGCCCUGGGCAAUGCUUUUAUAGUAUUCCACUUAAUAAAGGGCAGGCAAAUCGUGAUUUGGCAGCUGUUUACAGAAUCUUUAAAUUAAUCUGAAAUAAGUUGUCAAUAUACUUUGAUUUUUAAUCUGAAAUUUGAUGAUUUUUAGAUGUACAUGUAAGCAAGCAGCUAAUCCUACAUUGGUGUCAAAAUUCUACAAUUGCUUGGCUUGUCUUCAAGCCUAGGUCGUGGUUUAUUGCAAACAAAGAUAGGGGCCACAUGCAGUGAUUAUAUAAUAAUAAUGACACAAACACAGUUUCUUCAUGCACUUCAUUGUUUUUCAUUUACAUUUUGUGGUGUUCUUUCUAUACAUGUAGCGUUUCUGAAGCCUGGGUGUCAGUUUUUACGGAUUUACAAUUAUUGCAAAAUGUGCCAUUAUGUAAACUACCAUGAAAACCUUUAUUUUGGUUGGCAGCUGAGCCCUUUUUCAACAGUGUAAUACACUAAUUGUGAAAUUGACUUUAUCAUUUUUAAUUUCUUAAUGAAAUGGACUAAUGAGUGUCUUCCUCUUGAGAGUUCUCACCGCAUGUACAUGUAUUGUAUGAUUGUAUCAGACAAAAGUUCAUUAUUUGUUACACUAGGGAAGUGUGACAGUGUGUCAUUAAUAAACUUGUCAGAGAUUUUCUCAUACCGUACAAAUGAUAUAUAUAAGGCACUGAAAUCCUUGUGCCUUGCUGAUUGAGAACAAAUUUGUUAUUGAAAAUCCCUGACAAGAGUUUUUUUUAACACAAGCAAAUUUACCAAAGAAAGAUAGAUCUAGCUUUAUACCUGUACAUACAUGUACUUCUAAAAUGCAUAACUCUUCAUUGAAAGAUGUACAUGUUAAUGGAUGGGUUUUUUUUUUAAGGUGGCUUGUUAGUGAGCCAAUGUGAUCACAUUUAACUGAGAAGUCUACUUGACUUAAUAGCGUGAAUGUAUUCCAGGGGCCCGUUUCUCAACACCGUCAUAAGUCUAACUUCUUGACUAAAUCGGAGAUAGUGAGCUACUUGUCCGCUAACCGUUUCACGAAGCCCUCUCUACCAAGAUCGGGUACAACAACCUCACUAAAUAUUUAUGACACCUCCGAACCUGUCCUAACUUCUUUCUUAAUGACGUAGUGGCAUCACGUGGGUAGACUAUGACAUGCAAACGUGCUUAGAAAUUUUAAAAUUAUAAUCUUACGUAAUCAAUCAUAGAGGUUGAAAUUACAUCACAAAACAAGUGGGAUAAUACAUUCCAUGAUAAUUGUAAUACAAAUAAACUAUAAAAACUGUUUUAAAUGCCACAAAACCAUUCAUUUAGAAAUAGUAAAAUGAUUUAAUCGAUAAAGUUCCACCACGUCAGGCCAUCCAUAACUGAACUCGUAUUUGUUGUUUUCAGACCCCUAUUAACAGUUGGAUAAAUUCUAUCUAUAAUUUAUGCACAAAAUUUGUCAAAUAUCGUAUGACUCGGUAUCAAUGAUUAAAAAUGUUUCGUUAAACUAUAUUUUGAUAACGAUUAGAAUUGUAAAAGACCUUAUAAUCAUCAUCAUUUUACAAAGAAAACCGUUAUGGUUUACUUUCGUAAACUAUUGAAAUUUGAUACCCCGGGGGUACCCAUCUCAAGGUCCACAAGUGACUUUUAGUCACGAAAUGAAUUAUUCAUGAUUUAAUUUUCUCUGCAAUUGAAUGCUCCAGUCUUCAUGGUCUAAGUAUGUAUGAUGUAUAAUUCACCUGUGCUAUUAUUUUGAAAAGAUUUAUUAAUUUUAUUUCCCAAUUCAUCACAAUAUUUGCAAUUUUGUCAUGAUUUUUCUUUUUGAAAAUUAUGCUAUUUUGUGACUAAGGCUACGUCUCGUCUGCUCUUUUUACCGAUAGUAUCGAUAUCAAGGUAUUCUAGUUAGGAAGUCUUUCGAGAAACAGGUUUAGUAAGAUUGGAACUAACUCCGUGGUUGGUGGAUAAAGAUAUGACUAACUUGUCCAUGUGUUGAGAAACGGGCCCCUGGAUCCACUCUUUCCCAGUGUUUUAUAACCUGCUUUUAGAAACACCCUCUGUAAAUGUAGCAUAAUCCCAGAUAAUUUUACCCAGGAUUAAACUGAAUCCAAUUCAUGACUUCCAAUUAAUGCUGCUACAUCAAAUGAUUUAUACCCACAAUCUUUGUAGAGUUGAUGACAUUGGUCAAGACUGAAAAAAUACAU